CUCAACAAUUGUGGCAAACGAUAGGCCAUGGCUUGCUCUUCGAUCUUCUUUUCAAUCUCCCGUCAUUCUUUCUUUAGAUUCCACUCUCAUGUCCCCUCAUUUUCAAUCCCUGUUUUUCUUACUAGCAAAAGAAAGGAUUUGAAUCGAUUUCGAUUGUUUUCGAUGGCGUCAGAGCCGAAGGAAUCUCCUUCAAACAAUCAAGGUCUCCAUACAAGUCCAGAUGAAGCCACUAAAGGAUACUUCAUGCAACAAACUAUGUUUCGAAUUAAAGACCCUAAAGUUAGCCUCGAUUUCUAUUCUCGCGUUCUGGGAAUGUCGUUGCUUAAGAGGUUGGAUUUUCCAGAAAUGAAGUUCAGCUUGUACUUUAUGGGGUAUGAGAAUCCAGCAGAAGCUCCAGUAAAUCCAACUGAUCGAACAGUUUGGACCUUUGGCCAAAAGGCUACAAUUGAACUUACACAUAAUUGGGGAACAGAAAGUGAUCCUGACUUCAAAGGUUACCACAAUGGGAAUUCUGAACCUCGUGGUUUUGGUCAUAUAGGCAUUACUGUUGAUGAUACAUACAAGGCAUGUGAGAGAUUUGAACGUCUAGGAGUUGAGUUUGUGAAAAAACCUGAUGAUGGAAAGAUGAAAGGAAUUGCAUUCAUCAAGGAUCCUGAUGGCUAUUGGAUUGAAAUCUUUGACCUCAAAACCAUUGGGACUGUAACUUCUACUGCUGCUUGAGAAAAUACCAUGAUCACCAAGGAAAUGAGGAGUGGAGUUCUUUACCAUCUGCUGGAUGUCACUGUCUGUUGCUUUCAUGGAUGAAGUUCUUUCGUUUUCUUUCUCCUCACCCCUCACUUUUUCUCAUUUGCUGUAGAAUUGUGGUCCUUUUUAUCAGGAUUGUGAUGAAACUGCUAUAACCGUUUUGUGCAAAUUUUCUUUCGGUUUCUGUCUAGAUCAACCCAUAUUGUUACAGAACCCCUUGGGGUUGCAAAGGGACAAAAUAUAAAGA